UCUCUUCUGUGUAUCAGAUGCUGGUCUGAUCAUUCUUUGAUUCUAACUACUUCGAAACUCAUUUUCAUUGAAUUUUGUGUAAUUUGGAGGUGUGAGGAAAAUUAUGUAGUGUUUUUCUUUUGUGCUCGUUACGUAAUUCUGUUUGUUUGAGUUUUUGUGAGCUAGCUGGUGAUAUUGUGUAUGUGUGGAUUUCGUAUUAUCGGAGUCUUUGAAUUUCUUUGAAGUUUUAUGAAUAGGUUGGUGUUUAGCAACAUUGAGUUUAGUGUGGAGGAAUGAGGGAUGUGGUUUACUGAAUUCGCGUUAAUGUAGAGUUUGAGGAUGGGCGACGCAAAUUUGUUCGUUCAUAAUUAUUUCUAUUGUUUCAAGUGCUUGCAACAAUCUUUCAGCAAAUUGGUGGUGUUAGAUGUCUCAAAAAAGAUUAAUUUUGACAACCUAAGUGGCAACCAAAAAGCUUCAUUGAAGUAAUCCAAUUAUUACCGGUGCAAAUUUUGACAACAUUUUCUGUUACAUUACAUCUACUACCCAAACUUGUAUGGUAAACCUUGUAGGUUUCUUUUGAAGGUGUUUAUAGAGCUAAUAAAGUUUUCUCCAAAAUUAAGUUGUGAUUGUCAAGCACUGUGCGUGGAGGAGUUUGAAUCAAUUUCACACACACGUAUAUCUAUGAGUGUGUUUAUUUGCAAUAGGCACAAGAGAUGGUUUCCGAAUAUUUGAUUCCAAUAGUGGAAGGCUAUGCUAUGAACGAGUUCUUGGUGCAUUCAAUAUUGUUGAGAUGCUGUUUAGCUCUAAUCUUGUUGCCAUUGUUGGAGCUGGUGAACAGACUUGUUGUACUACUGCAAGAUAAGACAUACAUAUAUGACAUAAAUAGUCUCACAAUCUUGGACACGAUUGAUACGGUACCAAAUUCAAAAGGAACCUGUGCAUUCUCCCCCAGUUUGGAUGGUUGCUUCUUAGCUAUUCCAGCCAGCAUCACCAAGGGAUCUCUGUUGCUGUACAAUGUCAUGGAGCUUCAGUUGCACUGCGAGAUUGAUGCUCAUCGUGCACCACUAGCCACAAUGGUUCUUUCUUCAAAUGGGAUGUACAUAGCAACAGCAUCAGAACAAGGAACUAUGAUUAGAGUUCAUCUGGUAUCUGAAGCAACAAAGUCGUAUAGUUUUCGCAGAGGAUCAUAUCCAUCAACUAUAUUUUCCUUGUCCUUUGGUCCAUGUUCUCAAGUUCCAGAAAUUUUGGUGGCAACUAGUUCUUCUGGUUCUGUUCAUGUUUUUCCUCUUGGAUUUGCUAUAAACCAAAGAAGCAGCAGAAGGUCAGGUGGUUUUCUUGGAUCGAUAAUGCCCGACUCAAUAAGUGAUGCACUAGAUCCAGCGCAUCAUCACAUAGUUCAUAAUGCUGCACCAGCAGGAAUCAAAAGCUAUGCAGUGAUACGCAAGGUCGACAGGGUUUCUAACACUUCAAGUUCUGAAAUUGUAUCUUGCCAGGCCACAUUAGCAAUCAUCACCUACAAUGGUUACUUCCAGGAGUACACCUUAAGUCUCAACAACCACAAUGAAUUCUCAAGAAGUCUGGAUCGCGAAUUCAAUCUUAUGACUGUGAUAACUGAUAACGACAUUAGGUUAUGAGUUUGUUUGCGUUGUUAACCAACAACUUUUCUCAACUCUCUCGUGGAAAGCCGAGAGAGUUGAGAAAAGUUGUCCAUUAUGACAACAAAAUGACAAAAGGUCCUUUGGGUGUAAGUAAAAGUUGUUAACAAAAUUAAGUAAAUAGAAGAGAAAAUGCAACCAUAGGAUUUGGGGGGAGGUUAUUAGUUAAUAGUGGUAAUAUAGUCAUGGCAUGCAGUAUGUAAAUUAAAAAAUUAUAUCUGCUCUUUUAUUAUUUUUCUAAGUUAUUGAUUUUUUUCUCUUUCUUCCA